AUGACAGAUGGAUUUAGAUUUAGCAAUGUUCCAGACGAAGUUGCCCAUCGUAUUCUUUCCUUCCUCGCCAUAACAGACCUCACUCGUUUCUGCUGCGUGUCGAAAAGAUGCAGAGAGCUUCCUCACUCAGCUUCAUCAUUGGAUUUUGAUCUAUCUGCCAGUGACUACACUUUUGCAUCCACUUGCGAAAAGCGGAUACAGUUGUUGAAUUAUUUGGACAGUUUCUUGAGCCGUCAUGGGGAUAAUAAGAUACAGCGCUUUCGUGUUCGUUUGGAGUGUCAUUGCGUGGAGAAGAAGAUCAAAUGGAUGGUUGAUAAGACACGAAGCUUUCGCGUUCGAAGAGAAGCAUGCGAGUGUAGGAAGGAGUAUUCUCGGAUUGUGAGAUGGGUGGAAAUUGCAGUAAGGAGUGGAGUUGAAGUGCUUCAUCUUGAAAUCUUUAUAGAUGAAAAGCAAUGUGGCCAGGAUCCCUUGGUUCCGUCCUGCGUCUUUCUAUGUGGAUCUUUGAAGACUCUAGAGUUGGACUUUGGCAUGAAUUAUCCCAAAGUUCUUAAGAAGCCCUCCUCCUCCAGUUUUUCCUCCAAUCUCCAACGCCUGGACUUGCGAAACGUUGAGAUAGACGAAGGGUUUUUCGAAUGGAUGUCAUCAUCCUGCAAAUGCCUGAAGGAAUUAAGUCUUGACAACUGCAGGGCAGAAAGUAUCAACAUCCAGAGCUCCUCCUUGGAAUCAUUUAGGUACAUAUACGACGAUGAUGACCUCUCCGAUUUCGACAUUAUUGCUCCAAAUCUCAAGUGUGUGGCAUGGAAGGCCAAUAUGUUUGUGUUCCAAAAUGUGGAGAAAUGUACUCACUUAGAAAAAGUUGAGCUGCUUCUGCAACCUCAGAAACAUGAUGCUCUGGUCUUGUUUGAGGUUCUUCGGUGUAUAAGCACGGUUAAACAUCUUACUCUAAACCACGAGACAACCAGGGUUCUGUUUGAGGGAGGUUCCAUGCCAGCAUUAGAGAAUGUUUCUUAUUUAUGCUUGCAUAUUUAUUGCUUGUGUGAUAUCCUUGUCCCGGCCGUGGCCUCUCUUUUUAGAGGAAUCCCUAAUUUGACUACUUUGGCCAUAACUUCAAUUUGGCCGGAUCUUGAUAAUUGUUCCAAGUUUGAUACGAGAUAUUGGAAAUCGCUAAACCUUGAUUUUGUUCAUAAGCUUGAGGAGGUAGACAUUCAUAUGCUAAUUGGAUCUAAUGCUGUUGAGUUUGCAAGAUAUGUCCUCGAGCAUGCUCAAAAACUGAAGAAAAUGAGGAUUGUUCAUACGGCAGAGCAAUCUAAAGUUCUACGGAGGGUGAAUGAGAGCAAGAAGAUUUCCGAUGCCACACUUGUGUUUGAAGAAGCUGAAGAAUAA